AGCGUGAGAUGGAGGCGAGAGGCAGGCCCCGCCCCCCCCCUCUUCUCCAGUCAGGCGGCGCCACGGGCAGCUUGGGUCCUCGUCUGGGUCCUCGCGCAGCCCGGCCUCCUUUGAACGGCUGUGGCGGGCGGGCAGCGAGCGGCCGCGGCUGCUGCUGCUCCUCCCGGCACCAUGGCCACGGCCUCGGCCGCCGUCAGCGCCCCGGCUCCCCCGGCAGCCCCGCCACCCUCGGCUCCAGGCCUGGGGUCCUCCCGCUGCCCGGCCAACGCAGAGCGAGACCUCCUCUGUCGGGUUCUUGGCUGGAGGAUAGUCAACAGCAUCAUCUGGUCUGUCCUCCUUCUCCCCGUCUGCACCAUGGCCUUUGUCAUCUUCAGCAGCCUCAACAUACUCCAUCCAAUCCAGUGGAUCUCAGACGCCUUCCAUGAUCUCUAUGGUUCCUGCGUCAUCUUCUACCUCCUGCUGCUGUCGAUGGUGAUCGUCGUCAUCAGCGUCUUCAAUGUCGAGUUUUACACGGUGGUGCCGUCCAUCCCCUGCUCCCGCCUGGCCUUGCUUGGGAAGAUUGUCCACCCCCAGCAAGUGAUGCACUCCCUGGUGCACUCAGCCAUGGGCAUGCUGAUGGUGUGGUGCGCGGCCGUGAUGACCAAGGAACAGUACCACGUGCUGGCCGUGCCCUGUACCGACUCCAGCAGCUUGGACAGCAAGGCGGCCCAGGCCUGCUUGAACGAGCGUCACCUCUUCCUGCUGCUGUCUGGAGCCUUCAUGGGUUAUAGUUACAGCCUCCUCUAUUUUGUGAACAACAUGAACUAUCUGCCCUUCCCCAUCAUACAGCAAUACAAGCUCCUACGGUUCCGAAGAGUCCUGCCCCUGCUCCUCAGGCACAGCGCCGUGGAGUCCCUGUACCUGGUCAGGAACUUCUGCGGCUUCUACUAUUUUCUGGGCUAUAUCCCCAAAGCAUGGAUCAGCACUGCGAUGGACCUCCAUAAAGACGAGAAGCAGCAUCCCCUGGACAGCCUGGCCGGGCUCUUGGACCUCUCCUUGCUGUACCACGUGUGGCUCUGCGGGGUCUUUCUUCUGAUAACCUGGUACAUCACCUGGGUACUCUUCAAGAUUCAUGCCACGGAGGCCCACGUCUUCCCUGUUCAGCCCAUGUUUACAGGAGAUUUGGAAGAAUGCUUACCCAGAGUCUUAAGUGCCAACUCUCCCCUCAUCACAAAGUAUUUGGCCUUACAGGACCUGAUGCUGCUGUCUCAGUACUCCCUUUCCAGGCGACAAGAAGUUUUCAGCCUCAGCCAACCAGGUGGGCACCCCCACAAUUGGGUGGCCAUAUCUCGUGAGUGUUUGGCUCUUCUCAAUGACCUGACUCAGAAACUCGUGAUGUACCAAGAAGCUGCUGCCGCCAAUGGGAGAGUGAAGACCCUGGCCAGUCCUGUCGACUCCAAUAAGCCCACUCUGGUGGAAGAAGAAAUUGCUUUUCAGACUCCCAAAUCCAGUGUGAUGUCGAAGACUUUGAUGCCAUCAUUAUCAAAAGCAUCCCUCUUUUCUCCCAAAUUUGCUUCCCCUGAUGCUUCAAACACAGCCGGCUCUCCUUUCAGCACCAAUGUAGCGAAUCGAGUAGUGGGGGUCCUAGAUCUCAACUCUGCCAUGUACGAGGCUUCCCAGAGCCCUUAUCUAAGAAGAAGAGGGCCAAGACUAUGGACUGCCCUUACAGAUCUGCAGGGUAAUGAGCCAUCACAGAGCCCUUCCUUGGCCCUUUCCCCUGUUCAUCGUGUGGCCACCCAUCGAGGCAGAGGCCAGCCCAACAUGCUGUAUCUGUGGCUGCAGAAUAAACUGGAGCAGAUGAAGAGCUUCCUGUCCAGGCGAGUGUUGAUCGUCUACUUCUUCAGCAAGCAUCCUGAGGCCUCCAUCCAGGCACUUUUUUCAGAUGCUCAAAUGCACAUCUGGGCAUUAGAAGGUUUGUCCCACUUGGUAGCAGCAUCCUUCACCGAAGACAGAUUUGGCGUUGUCCAGACCACACUGCCUGCCAUUCUGAGCACUCUGUUGACGCUGCAAGAGGCAGUAGAUAAACACUUCAAGCUGCCACACGCGUCCAGCAGACCGCCCCGGACCUCCGGAAGCUUCAUGGAUACCUCUUACAAGACGCUGAGGUUUGCGCUCCGGGCCUCCCUGAAAACGGCCAUCUACAGGAUAACAACCACUUUUGGAGAACAUCUCAACGCGGUACAGGCAUCUGCCGAGCAUCAGAAAAGACUUCAACAGUUCUUGGAGUUCAAAGAAUAGUUAAGUAAUAGAAACUGCGUUCAUUACCCUGCUGAUACUGCCGCAGAUGGGACAGUAAAUGUUCAGCAUUCCUGGAUCAGAAGAAAAUGGACUAAUUAGAUGCUUCCUUUGUCGUGGUGGUUGCUUUGAAAACUAUACUUUAAUGGGAGAAAUCAUGGAAAGAAAUUCUCAGCCGAAUAACAGAAAACUGCUUUUUUGUACUGAUCGUUUGUUUUUUGGCUUUUUUUUUCCUGGGGAGGGGGAUAAUAAAGUCUUUAUUCUUCUCCACAAGCA